CUAAUGAGUCAUUUCGUUUAUAUUCAAUCAGUCUAACAAUACUGUUUUCUGGUAAAAGCCGCCCACAAGUCAGACACCAGAGGCAUGAGCUCUGUGUGUACACGAGGUAGAAACGAUGUUUCCAUAAUCUCUGAAGGCAACAUUGGCACCACGCGAGAACCGACCAAAGCCACGUAGCGCGCUGGUGUUUCGGUCCCUGACAGAUGGAGAUCAACUAAACAUCGCCCUAUUUGGUCAACACUGUCCGUCCUAAUCUGCUGCUGCAAAAUACUGUGACCGGAGACCUGCUGCUUCCUGUUUUCUGUGUGCUCGGGUGACUGUUGCCCACGUCAACACACCUACACUGAAGGAUCAAUAAAGAAAAACAAGUAUUUGGUUUAUCUGACCAUCUGCCCAAAUUACUUCAGUCCAGUCACACGUGUUCUGUUUAAGCUGUGUCAAUCACACACGCCCACACUAGAAGGAUUGAAAACACUUAGCCUAGUUUAGCACCCACACACAGUCACAGCAAAUAUGGCCGACAUUCUGGCCAACUUUGGCAAAAUGCUGCUGCGUCGCCGGGUAUUAAACUCCUCCGGUGAAGAAUCCCAAUUCGCCCGUUGCCUGUCCACCUUGGACCUCAUCGCCUUGGGAGUGGGUUCCACACUCGGCGCCGGUGUCUACGUCCUCGCUGGCGAGGUUGCCCGGGAGAAGGCAGGACCUGCUAUUGUCCUCUGCUUCCUCAUCGCUGCUCUGUCCUCCAUGCUGGCAGGCCUGUGCUACGCUGAAUUUGGCGCCCGUGUCCCCAAAACGGGCUCUGCGUACCUUUACAGCUACGUGACAGUUGGAGAAAUCUGGGCCUUCAUCACAGGGUGGAACCUCAUUCUCUCCUAUGUGAUAGGCACGGCCAGUGUGGCCAGGGCAUGGAGCUCCACCUUUGACAACCUGGUUGAGCAGAAGAUCUCUGGCUUCUUCAAAGCCUCUAUGGCAAUGCAGGUGCCAGGGGGGGUGCUGGCGUCCUACCCCGACCUCUUCGCCCUCAUCCUCAUCCUGCUGCUCACUGGACUUCUGGCCUUUGGUGUGAGCGAGUCGGCGCUGGUGAAUAAAAUCUUCACCGGCAUCAAUCUGGUUGUUCUGGGCUUCGUUAUCAUCUCUGGCUUUGUUAAGGGGGACACAACCAACUGGAGACUGACAGAGGAAGACUAUCUGAGUUUCAUAAACCAGACCAACAGCAGCAGGACUUCAAAUAUUGAGGAGGAAUUUGGCGUGGGUGGUUUUGCUCCGUUUGGCCUCGCUGGAGUCCUGUCUGGUGCUGCCACCUGCUUCUACGCCUUUGUAGGAUUCGACUGCAUCGCAACUACAAGCGAAGAGGCAAAGAACCCCAUGCGAUCGAUACCUAUUGGCAUUGUGGCGUCGCUGUUGAUCUGCUUUUUCGCCUACUUCGGCGUGUCUGCCGCUCUUACACUGAUGAUGCCGUACUACCAGCUGAACACCCAGAGUCCCCUUCCUGAGGCCUUCAACCACGUUGGCUGGGCUCCUGCUAAAUACAUCGUGGCUGUGGGCUCUCUCUGUGCUCUGUCCACCAGUCUGCUAGGCUCUAUGUUCCCUAUGCCGCGUGUUAUCUACGCCAUGGCGGAAGACGGGCUGCUGUUCCGUGUCCUGUCCAGGAUGAACCCUCGCACAAAGACUCCUCUCCUGGCAACCGUCACUUCUGGUAUUGUUGCAGCUCUGAUGGCCUUCCUGUUUGAUCUGGCAGCUCUGGUUGACCUCAUGUCCAUUGGAACUCUUUUGGCGUACUCUUUAGUGGCCAUCUGCGUCCUCAUCCUCAGGUACCAGCCAGGCGCCCUGAAUUCGUCCAGCCAGACCGAGAAGCUGGUGGAGCUGGUGGAAGGGGAGACGGUGGCCGCAAGUGGAGGGGACAGCGGUGACGAGAUGGACGAUAGGCCAUCCCGAGAGGCCUUCUCCGCCAAGCUGCUCUUCUGCCCAAGUCGAAAGAGCCCAACACAGACCUCUGGGACCAUUGUCUAUGUUACCACUGCUGUUAUUUCGGUUCUUAUCAUUUUACUGUGCAUUAUCCUGGCCAACUGGCUCCCAGAGCUGCUUGCUGGGCACUCGGCCGUCCUGGUGCCAUGCGUCAUUUUGACUCUGCUCUGUGCUGUCUGCGUCAUCAUCAUCUGGAGGCAGCCGGAGAGCAAAGAGGCCCUCACAUUCAAGGUCCCUCUGCUUCCGUGGUUGCCCCUGUUCAGUGUUUUUGUCAACAUCUACCUCAUGAUGCAGCUGGACCUGGGUACAUGGGUCCGCUUCACCGUCUGGAUGGUUAUCGGUUUUGCCAUCUACUUCUUCUAUGGUAUUCGUAACAGCAAUGAAGCUUCCAAUAGGAAGGAAUCCCCGCGCAAAUACGAGCCUGCGCUUCAGACCAAGAGCCCGAUUUACAAAGGCGCUCCUGACGACAGUGAUGUGGAAGCAGGCAGCCCUUGAUACAGACUGACAUAGGCCUGGGGAGCAUUGCAGAGCAUCUACGCUCGGUUUUGGCAGUCUGGUUGAACUGACAGCCAAAUGCUACAGUGUAGGCGGCCCUGGAACGCAGCCCCGGGUUUAAAGGAAGGAGAGGCAAGAGAGCGCCACACACAUCUUACCUCUGACUUGGAGGCUGAUUAACUUGACGGCUAGACACUGUGGCAAAGCCACUUUCUGGCCCAUGUCUCUGUUUUAAUCUGUCUGUUUGUGUGCAGCGUUAGCCCUCUGGAGAUCUACCUAUAACACAUAAUUUGGACUUAACUAACAAAGAGUACAGCAGUGCUUCUCAUGAAGCUUUGUUUUCUGUUAACUGAAGAAGAAUGUUACACUUUAACUGAUUUGGGCUUUACUGUUUGUCUGUUGUCAGUCUGCUGUAACCGUGUGUAGAGUCAUCUGGCACACAUACAUUGCUUAAAAAAUCUAAAAUGAUGUCUUGAGCCAGUAAGUGUGCAACUGUCGAGACACUCAGCUAGACUUUGUGAGCGCAUAAGGAACAUGAAUAGUUUUCAAUAGAGCUAUCAAGUCUCUUGGUCCCCAUUUAUUGCACCUGCUGGUUUUUAUUUGCAUGUAAACAGGGUAGUACUGAAGCUGUGUAGUUUACAGUGUCAGCCAGGGUCAGUAGCACAUGGUUGUGAUGUACUGUGCUGUUCGGUGUCUGAGGUUGAGUUCACGCUUGACAGACCUGAUGAGUUUUAACACACUAUGGCCUUUGUGGUCCCCCCGCUCCCGCAGGACAGCUGCACAGUAUUUGUAUUUGGCAGCAUUUUAAAAUGGUAUGAAAUUAGUCUCAUAAAUUGUGCUUGUUUUUGUUGCAUAUAGACUGUGCUGAAAUUGUAUUUGCAAGUGUUUUGUGGCCUUCGUUUCAACCUGUAACAGGUAACUAAAAUGGUCUGGAAAAGGCUUUUAACAGCUAAAAGGGUGACAAACAAUUUUCAACCCGUAAACGGCCUCUUAAAUGUUGGUAAAAACAAAUAUAAUUUCUUUCUGGUUAUUACUGUAGUGUAGACCCCAUCUAUCUCUCAGUCCAAAACAUACAUCCAUAUACUUAUUUGCUUAUGUUUGGUUGGACAGGGCAUUGAAACAUCUGUGUGAAUUUUAAAUAAUCAGUUUUGUUAAUUUGCUAAUUUCAGAUUUGGUUUAAACAUUUGCACCUGUUUGUGUCAAAUGCUUUUGCAAGGCUGUGCCCAGAUGUUUUGCAGACCUGAGGAGGUUGAUUGUGCACUUAAGAAGCUACUUAAUCGCAUCGACUUAUCCGAGGAAUAGCGCAUUUAAAAAUUCUGUCAACACACAGUUAUUUGUUUUGAAUUAACAUCUGUCCAUCUCUGUCAAGAUUCACUUUGGUGUUGGGGAACUGGGUUUCUCCUUCCAAACAAGGGCCUGUCUUCAAUCACCACUAAUAUAUCUUCUUCACCCCCUUUUUUUUUUUUGGAUGUUUUUACUUCCUUGUGAAAAGUCUUUUUCACAAAGGUUCUUGUUUAGUUUCAAUUGAAACUUGUUCCUGGCAGCUCUGUCUGUUGAGCUCCCAUCACUUGUAUUUUAUUCAACUUUAUUCUAUUUUUAUUACUUAACUGACUUUUUUCAGAUAAAAUUGUUAAUAUUUAAAUAUUAGUAUCGCUUGUGUGGGAUAACUUUUGUUUUGCCUUUCCUUCUCAAUCAAUUAAUAUCGCUUUUUAGAUGCAUUUUAAUUGUUACUUGUACAGUUUUUAGUGGGAUGAUCUUUUUGGUCGCAGUGUUCAUUUAAUAUUUUCCUUUUGUUGCGCACGUCUUGCAGCAUAAAAUGAUUUAAUUGUAAUACUUUGUGAUCCUUCCUGACCAAAUGAACGUGUCUUUGGAAACGUAGCUUUCCAAAACAAAGAAUGACUGCUGAAAGUCGGUCUUAAAAUUGUGUAAUUUAAAAUGUUUUUACCCCAAUCCUCUGGAAUUGAUGUAACUUAUUGUUGAAAGCAUUUUUCUGUUGUUUCUAGUAAAGUGCUUCACUGUAGAGUGUA